UUUUAGGUGGUUUGGUCUAAGCAGAAACCCAUGUGUUUUCCCUUCCUAGGUUUUGGAACAUGCAUCCUUCUCUCCUCCUGGCUGCCCUUUGCUUGGGAACAACCACAGCUGCUCCAGAAGCCGACCAGAGCUUAGAUGCGCACUGGUCCCGGUGGAAGGCGGCGCACGGGAAGCUGUAUGACGAGAAUGAAGAAGGAUGGAGGAGAGCAGUGUGGGCAAAGAAUAUGCAAAUGAUUGAACGGCACAAUCAGGAAUACAGCCAAGGGAAACACAGCUUCACGAUGGCAAUGAACGCCUUUGGUGACCUGGUGAGGGUGGCAUGGAUUGCUGAAUGUUUCAUGCGUCCUGUCCUCAGUACUUUACCAAAAAAUCUGCUGCUUUCUGAGAGCUUUAUAAUUUGGUUUCAGGGUCAGUGUGCUUCUGGUUGGGCUUUUAGUGCAGCUGGUGCCCUCGAAGGACAGAUGUUCCGGAAAACUGGCAAACUCGUGUCACUGAGUGAGCAGAACCUGCUGGACUGCUCUCGGUCUCAAGGCAACGAGGGCUGCCGUGGAGGCCUGAUGGAUUAUGCCUUCCAGUAUGUGAAGGACAACGGAGGCCUGGACUCGGAGGAAUCCUAUCCAUACUGUGCACAGGACGGAUCUUGCAAAUACAAGCCUGGACAGUCUGUCGCCAAUGACACUGGCUUCAUGGACAUCCGUCAGGAUGAGGGGUCCCUUAUGGUGGCAGUGGCAACUGUGGGGCCCAUCUCUGCUGCGAUCGUUGCUAGCCUGGAUACCUUCCAGUUCUAUCAUAAGGGCAUUUAUUAUGAUCCAAACUGCAGCAGCGAAGACCUGGAUCAUGGUAUUCUGGUGGUUGGCUAUGGCUUUCAAGGAGAAGAACCCGAGAACCAAAAAUACUGGAUUGUCAAGAACAGCUGGGGCACGGACUGGGGCAUGCAGGGCUACAUACUGAUGGCCAAAGACCGGGACAACCACUGUGGAAUCGCCACCUCAGCCAGUUUUCCCAUUGUGUGAGCUGAAGGUAUAAAGAAGACCUUGACUGGGGACAGAAUAUGCAGAAGAGGAAUUUUAUCUUACAACUGAUCAUACUUUAUUGUGUGGGAUAAAACACUCGAACCACUGGAGAUCCAACUUGUGAUCUGAUUCUGUGACUUCUUUAAUUGCUGCUUUGAACAGCUUUGUGUGAUUGACUUG